GUCGUUUUUGCUUCCAGGAAGAUCCGGUUCUUGAUGCACGCUGGCUCCAGAUUGACACUGCUGUGCGUACUGAUAGCGUCCACUAGCAGCUGGGUGGUGGAUCUACUAGUGAUGACAGAUUUCAACGAAGUGAACAUAUCCGGCAAAGAGGUGACUGAUCUAUACAUUGCGUCCAUGACGCGUCCACUGACUCCUGUGAGCAUGCUCAUUCUAAUAUGGAUUGCAGGUAUGACAGUCCGUACCAUCAAGCAGCUGUGGACCCAGGGUGCAUCUGUCUAUUUCACCAACGGCUGGAACGUCAUGGAUUUUGUCCAGCUGAUCCUAUACUGGAUUUUUGUCAUUGCCGGCAUUACUGCAUAUUUUAAGUCCCUGGAUAUAGCUGAAGCCGAAGGAAUCUUUGCGAGGGUGCCUGACAUCAAGCAAGCUCUCUCUGGGGCUAACACCAGUGCACACACACCUGAAAGUGCAACAGAAUUGCCGGGAGCAACAGUGACUUCAAAUAAUGAGAUGCAAGACACAGAGCACACCUGGCAAGACUUCCAGGCCCAGCUGGUCUCGGAGGCAGCCUUCGCCAUCGCCAACGUCCUCAGCUUCCUGCAGAUCCUCCACCACCUCCUGGCCUUCGCCCUGCUGGGCCCCCUCCUGGUCUCCUUCACCGGCAUGGCCUACGACGUCCUCAAGUUCUUCAUGAUCUUCUGCUGCCUGCUGGUGUCGUUCUCCAUCGGGAUGACGCAGCUGUACCACAAGUUUGAGGCGUUGGAGGUCAAGGCCUGCCACCUGGAGGCAGAGACGUGUGGGGACACGCCCUUCCUCAAUUUUGGCAAGUCCAUGGUGACCCUCUUCUGGUCUUUGUUCGACAUGGUUGACCUGGGAACCCUAAGGGUCAAUGACAGUCUUGUCGUCACAAACACCGUCGGUUCCAUCAUGUAUGCUGCCUUCAUGCUGAUUGGCUCCAUUGUCCUGCUUAACGCACUCAUUGCGAUGAUGAGUAACACGUACACCAGGGUGGAGGAAAACUCAGAGGUUGAGUGGAAGUUGGCACGCACCAAGAUCAUGGCAGAAUACAUCAGCGAGAAAGCCUCCCUGCCUCCACCCUUCAACCUUGUACCCACGGUCAAGUUUGUGCUGUGGCUUUUCAGAUAUAUCCCUCGUAAGCUCCGUCGGUCUGGCUGUCCUGCCUCUCAGCAGCAGUUUCGGGCAACAGACCAAGAAGGCCUGCAAAAUGCUGCAUACAAGGAGGCAAGUCUUGUUUUGGGAGAGCGCUGCCUCCGAGCAAUGGACAUGGAGAGAAGUGAGUCUCAGACGAGCAGUGACCUCAAGACACUCAAGAACUCGGUUGAAAAAUUCAGCUGUGAGAUGAUGAGAAUCCAGCAGCAGUUGACAUGCAUCCUGGAGAUUCUAAACCAGACGAAAGGAGUGGUGGAGACAGGUGACUGCCCUGCUGAGGAGGCAACAAUUGCAGAUAAAACAUCUCGGUAAGGAGCGCAUCAGCUGGUAUGUCAAUGAUGCAAAUCACAUUAAGAGGGUUCUACUUUUUGGUCGGUUAAUUUUUGCAUGUUUGAUGGUUUUGAAUUUUAAAUUAGUUUUUUUUUUGCCCUUUGUUUUGAAUUUGAUUUGCAUGCAUUUGUGUCAUUAUACUACUGCUACUUCUAUACUACUGCUAAUAAUAAUAACAAUUACAGAUAAUGAGUCAUCAGGGAGACAUUCCGGUAGACCUGUGCACAGUUUUGUUUCCAAACUUUAAUGACCCAUAACUCAAGUUUUGGCGCAAUGCAGCUAAAAUCAACUACAGUAACCACCUCUGGCUUUACUCCUUCUUGGGGAGAAGCAACGAGUGACAAAGUGCCUUGCCAUAGAUGAGUUGAUAAUAACCUAUAAAAGUAAACAAUCUUAGUAUUUCAAUGUGGAAGUCAUCCAGGAAAUGAAUGUCAGUUUUUGUAAUGAAAAAAAAAUAUGAAGGAACCGAAUACCAGGGUAGCAUUAUUGUACACCAGGGGGGAAUUGAACCACCGUCACCCGAGUUGAAAGGCCGGGAAGGUACAGGUACCACUUUGCCGACCGGGCUACCCAUACCGCUGAUUUUUAAAAAUGUGGAGAUAUAGCUAUAAUUUUUUUAUUAUUUUUUUACUUUUACUGUUGCUCAUCAAUUUCGACCGUGCAUAAAUGUAUUUUAAUAUUAGACGGAAUAUGAACUAUAAAGUGGACUUUAGUUAGGCAUGCCUUAGACGCAUUUCUUUCAUAAAUAACAUAAGAAAAGAAUAUGGUAUAUUGUUUUACUGCUCAAGUGUUUGCUUUGCCUUGUAUAUACAAAUUAAUGGUGUUGGUGGCUGAUUGAAACUUUUGUUCUAUUUUUUUAUUUGACUUCGAGGGUUGGGUUUUUUUUUGGCCUGGGGUGAUUGCAUUCGUUUUUAAGUUGGUCUAUACGUUUGUGUUUAUGUAUUUAUUGUCAGUACCAGAAGUUGUGUUGAACACUUAGUGUUAUUAUUUUUUACACUUUCUUUCGUCUCUUUCCUCUUUUUUUUUUUUAAAAACUGAAUUGUGGCAAUUUGAAGUCAUGUGGGAAAUCUUAUGCAAAAGUUUAGUAAAUAUAUUACUUAUUGACAUGCAAUGAUUGACAGCUUUAUGUAUGAAUUUUAUCCAUGAUUCAUUUUUAUUUGUUUAUUCUCUUCUGAAAUAACUUUCUUCACAGUCGGUGCUAAUAUUUAACUUAUUCUACACAUUCCAGUGCUGCUAUACCUGUAAUGCAAUAAAAUAAUGUUCCUUUGUAGGCUUACUUUUAUACUAUUAGCUUUUGUGCGGACUUGCAAUUUGUACAUUUGCCUCGGCUUAAGUAUAGCUAAUAUUUAUAAUGAGAGGUUACUGUAAAAGCUAAAAUAACCAGCUGAUCUUAAGGCCCUGUCACACUGUCACAUCCAUGCAUGGCGUUCAUAUUGCGUUGUUGAAAUUCUUAAAAAUGUAAUUAAACGCCAUAAAGACGCAGGAUUCAUGGCGCCAGUGGCUCAGCAAGCCAUCAAUCAGAGAUAAAGAUACGUCUCUGUGACGUCCACGGGAAGUCUAGGACGUCCGUGUAGCGUUCUUUACGAGUUUCAUUAAAGACCAAUAAGCAGAUGCGUCCUCAUGGCGUCCAACAAGUUCAUACGACGUUCUUGGAGUCCUUAUCGCGCGCUUGAUGACGUGUGACGUCAGCAGCCAGAAGCGCGGGGUGUAUAGAUACUCGGGCCAAAACGGGCGAUCGUCACCGAACUCUGCGUCACCAUGCACGUUCGUGGAGUUCUCACGACGUCACUCCCAUCUGCCUUCGCGUUGCCAGUUCGUCACGGCCGUUCGCGAGGAGUUCGCGCAGUCUUUACCGCGUUCUGGUCAAAACGCCGAGGCGCGGCGUUUGUUUUGUGCAUGUCCAAAACGAACGUUGUAGUUUGGCGUUCAGCGAAGUCCUUGGAGUCCCCCUGAGGUCCUCAAUCAACGAGUCCCCACGCCGUCAUCUGCGUUCCCACCGCGUUUCAGUCAAUUUUCUUGGUCGCGGUACGAACUCCAUGCCAGCACGUGGUCCUUAAUUGCCUUAGUUUGAGGUCACAGAAAAAGUGAAAUGGUCGCACUUAAUAACUGGCCGUUAAUAAAGGUGGCAAUAUUUUACCACACUCACUGAUGAUAUUCAAGUGCAUGGUAGCCUAUAGACGUACGUCUUAUGCAAUGUAAGGUUUAUUGACUUUUGUACUGUACUUUUUGGUACCUUGAUGCUAUGUUAAUGAUCAACGGAUAAUGGUUUGUUAAUAAUCACGAUUUUUGAUUGACGAAGAAUAUAUGCAGGGGUUUUAAAUAA